GAAAUACCUCCUUGAGGCGGCUUGCGUUUUGGUGACUCCCUUCCCCUCACAUUCGUCUGGCUCGUUGUAGCAGACUCCUUCCGCCGCAGCGCACCUCGGCGCUGCGCAAGUCUACUGUCGUCUCGCUCACUAUACAAUUGGAUCUCGGAACCGGCAGUCGUCCCUUUCUGCUUCCGUGCAGCUUCCUAUUUCCCCUCGAACAAGCUCGCCCUCAAGACUCAGCCAGCGUGUUUGGAUUACGGCAUAUUCAAAUUUGUCCUCAGGCAGGAUGACCAACUUCAGCAUCAAGGUCGUUUCCGACAACGUGUGUCCCUGGUGCUACAUCGGCAAAAAGAAGCUCGACCGUGCCAUCAACCUCUACAAGAAGACGUAUCCCGGCGGGAAAGAGGAUACCUUCACCAUCUCCUGGUGCGCCUUUUACCUGGACGAGACGGCACCCACACAGGGCAUCCCCAUUCUGCAGCGCUUCGCGCAGCGCUUUGGUGGCAGCGCCGAACGUGCCGCGGCUUUCCGGGAGCGUCUACAGAACAUCGGCGCACAGGAAGGGAUCGGCUUCAGCUUCGCGGGCAAGAUCGGCAACACGCGCGACUCGCACCGGCUGAUUCACCUAGGCAAGGCGAAAGGGAGCGACGUAGAGGACCGCGUCGUGAUGGAACUGUUCCGUGACUACUUUGAAGGCACCGGCGAUAUUACUAGCUACGAGACGCUAAUCCGUGUUGGCGUUCAAGCCGGUAUAGAUGGGGAGGAGGUGAGGGCGUGGCUGGAAUCGGGCAAAGGAGGGGCCGAGGUCGACGCGGAGGUGCGCGAGGCGAAGAGCAAGGGCAUCCGUGGCGUGCCGCACUACACCAUUCAAGACCGGUAUGAAGUGGAUGGGGCGCAGGAUCCCCAGGACUUUGUCGAGGUUUUUGCGAAGAUCAAGAGCGAGGAAUAGAGGUAAGACGCCGCAUUCGAUGAUUGGAGAGGAGGAAUCUUCGCCAGAUGUCAGCAUAACUAGGAAACGAAGCCACCCUACCAAUAUACAUACUAAGUAUAUACUUGUAUGUAUAUAUUCUAUACAAGAUCAAGAAUCAACCACCCAAC